AUCUAUAACAUACAAUCAUUCCAACAAUAAAAAUUAAAAAAUAAAAUAAAGAGAAACAAAAGAUGAAGGUUGCUGCAAUCUUUUUGGUUUCUUGUGUCAUUUCUCUUCUCCCCGCCCACUUAUCACAAGAAGAACCAAGUGUUGCAACAACACAGGUACCAGUUUACUGUCGUUCGAGACAAGUGUUCAGUGGAUCAUGCACAGACAAGGGGAGUCCACGCACCACUUGUUUGCUUGAUUUCUUGGCUGCCCGAAGUGCAAGUGAGAUGCCUAAGAAUUGCAAUUGCACUCCUCAGCCUAAAAAUAUGCGUCUUUGCGAAUGUCAAGUUGUUUGCGACGAUUGUUGUAUUUAAUGUCUACUUAUAUGAUGAUGUUUACUUA